AGAUUAUAAAACAAAAACAAAAAAAAAAAAAAGUAAUCUCUUGUAUAUUAGGUUUAUUUUUCCAAAUAAAUUUUAAAGUGUUAUUUUUAGGUUGUAUUUCAUGAAACAGAGAUUGUGAUUCAGAAAUGAUCUAACACGUUGAGUUUAAAAUUACUGUAAGAAGAAAUUCUCAUGCAAAUUACGUAUGCAGUGUGUGGAGUGCCGUGAAACAUACUUUAAAAAAAAAAUUAUUAUUAUUGGAGCUGGUAUGGCCGGAAUUUCUUGUGCAUACAGAUUAAAAGAACUAGGGUUUUCUUCUGUAUCUGUGUUAGAAGCUAGAUCAAGAAUUGGUGGGAGAAUUCACACUAUUGAUUUUGGUUCAUAUUUUGUGGAAGAAGGAGCCCAGUGGAUUCAUGGACAAAAAGAUAAUAUAAUUUAUGAAUUUGCUUAUUCCAAUAGACUUGUGGAUGAAACAGCUGUUAAUUAUGUUGAAGCUAUUCUAAAUUUUAAAGAUUUCGAGCGAGAAGAUACUGAAACUAUUCACAAAUUAAUUGAGUUCCUUGAGGAAAAGGUUAAUAAUCUAUCUAGCAAUCUUGAUUCUGAUUCUUCUGUCUUAGAUUAUCUUAAUAUACAAUUCUCAGAGUUUAAAUCUCGGUACAGUUGUUGUCCCCCAUAUUUAAAUGGCAUUUAUGAUUGGUAUUGCAAAUUAUUGUGUGAAUUAAAUGGAUGUCAGAAUUUAUCUUUAUUAUCUGCAAAGCUGUUGAACUGUUAUAAGGAGUGUGAUGGUUUUCAAACUGUUGAAUUAAGAUCUGGUUUCUCUAGUAUACUGAACUUAUUUUUGAAGAAAAUUCCAUCUGACUGGAUAAAGAAGGACACAUUAGUUGUCAGGAUUGACUGGACUGACUUGAAGAUUUCUAAAAAUAAUGAUAAGGAUAAAGAUACUGAAAUGAAAUCUUGUUGUUGUUGUAGUUUAGGGAGAAAUAAGUAUAUAAAAGUGUUUUGUAAGGAUGGUCAAGUUUAUUUGGCUGAUCAUGUUAUUGUAACUAUACCAGUAGGUUAUUUAAGGAGGUAUGAAUCUAAUAUCUUUAAUCCAUCAUUAAGUGAAAAAAAGCGAAAAGCAAUUAAUUGUAUUGGUUUUGAUGUAGUAGAUAAAAUCUUUUUAGAGUUUAAUGAGCCAUUUUGGGAGAAAUCUGAGGUUUUUCAUCCAAUAUGGACAGAUGCAUUUGAAGAACAGUUUCGUAAACAUCAUCAGUGCAGAAGUAAGGUGUCAUCAGGUUGCUGGCUGAAAAGUAUAAACAGGUUUGCAUAUACUCCAAGUCAUCCGAAUAUGUUAUGUGCAUGGGUUGUUGGAGAAGGAGCUUUUCAAAUGGAGUCUCAUUCUGAGUUAGAAAUAGGUUUGGAUUGUAUGGAUAUCUUAGAAGUUAUUUUUGAAAAGAAACUGCCAAAACUUCAAAGAGUUAUUAGAUCAUCAUGGCUUUCAGAUGCAACUACAUAUGGGUCUUAUUCUUAUCUUUCCGUUGACUGUGCUAAGGCAAAUGCUUUACCUUCAGAUGUUGCUGAACCUGAAUAUUCUAAUUUAUCUUCAUAUAAGCACCCUGUUCUUUUGUUUGCUGGAGAAGCUUCGCAUAGUAGUUAUUUUUCUACUGUUCACGGAGCUUGUGAAAGUGGUCUUCGUGAAGCUGACAGGUUGCAUCGACACUACAGGUGUUCAGACGUACUGAAAUUAACCAAUAUAUGUAGCUCUGAACAAUAUAAGAAAAUUGAGCUUUUAUCCUAUAAAAAGAGUCUCCGAGACAAUUUAAAAGUGCUUAUUAUUGGAGCUGGAGUUGCUGGCCUCACUUGUGGUCUGUAUUUAUCUAACUGCAACUUUAAUGAUGUUAGUAUUUUAGAAGCACAAGAAAGAAUUGGUGGAAGAAUAACAUCCAUUAAUCACAGUGGUUCAGUUAUAGAACUUGGAGCUCAGUGGAUCCAUGGCAUCGAAAAUCCACUGUCUUGCUGGUUCAACAAUCAGUAUAUCAGAGGUUCCUACAGUAAUCGAACAAUGGCUUUUUAUCAGUCUGGUGCAACUGCAUCUGACAUUCAAGAACCAAUUUGUGCUACUUAUAGAACUAAAACAGGAAAAGAAAUUCAGUGGCCAAUUUUGAUGUUUGCUGGAGAGGCUGUUGAUGAUGUCUCAUUUUCAUCAGCUCAUGGAGCUUUUCAAAGUGCUUUAAAAUCUGCCAGUUUUUUACUUACAGCCUGUUCUGAUAUCGAGGUUUAUGAUGGUGAUUUUCUGGAUUGACAAUAUCGCAGCAGUUAUAAUUUUAUUACUGAUUUCUAAUGAUGCUUCCUGAAUUUUUCUGAUUAUGCAUGAAUAAAAAUUUGCAAGUGAAAUGUUUAGCAGUUGUAUUCAGUAUACUGAACAUCUACAAUGAUACAAAAGACAUAUAUAGUAUAGAUUCAGUUAAUUCAGUAAAGCACAAGCCGACUAGAAACUGAGCAGUAAAGUCACUGAAAAUUGGUAAUUAAACUGAGGAUCAAAUCCUAGCAGAUGACAUGGCUGCCUGAGAGGUUAAAAGUUAAUUUAAUGAAUCUUUCCUAUCUUAUCUAGUUUCAGCUUACAACUCCCUACCAAAACGAGUUUUUAGAAUUGCGUUAAAUGCAAAUGAGAAGGAGAAUAGUAUUCAAGUCAAGUUCAACUGACUUCAACGGAGAGUUAGGAUUUUUGAGUAGCGCAUGUUUGCCUUUGGGCUAUGACUUUCUAUGCUGUUGUUACACUUGGCCUUUUGAUAGUUUGCUGGAUAAUUUAAGAUUACGGGCCAGCUACUUUAGAAUUGUGUUAGCUUUGGCUAAAUCUCUUUAGUUAGUCAUUAGUUAGUUUCAGAACAUUUUGAAUUUAAACCAAGUAGAGGCUUUGCUCGGUACACUAAGAAGAAAGGGGCUGACUGUCAAUCUUAUUUUGAAUGAAAUAAAGGAAUUGACCGUUCUUGAGUUUCGUUUUCGUUUCUUUGAAACAAGUGAUUAUUCGCAUAGCAAUUCACUAGGUUCCUUGACGCUUAGUUUAAUAGAAUAAAAGUGAAGAACUCUAUAACAUUAUGUUCAGUAUUCACAUGCAUUGAUGAACUUGCAUGUUCUAUGAGUUUUGUAAAAAUUUACUAAGAAUAAUCCAAAACUAUUAAAAUUCAGUUAUGAACUGUUAACAAGAACUUGCAUAUUUCUCAACAAAAUAAAAUGCAAUAUAUUUUAUUAUUUCCAAUAAAUAAGACGUGUUAAACUGGCUCAUUGCCAAAAAUAUAUUGUUUUAUUUUAAAUUCCAAUAAAGCAUUCCAUUAUUUUUUUAUCAAUUUGUGGCAGAGACAUUUCCAAAUAAUGCAUUCAUAUGUGAGUUUAUAUAGAUAUAAAAUACAUAAAGAUGCAUAAACAAAA